AUGGACCCUAGCAACAUUAAUAUAACGAUAACGAUAAAAAAAUUUGCUACCAACAUCAAAAUAAAUAAUUCAUUACAAUUACCUAACGCAGUGUUGAAAGCUGAUGUUCGAUUGAUCGAUUGCUCUGAAAUUCAAGUAAUGUAA